AUGGAGGCCGCCCGGGAUUACGCUGGAGCCUUCAUCAGGCCCCUGACAUUCAUGGGAUCACAGACCAAGAGGGUCCUGCUCACCCCCCUCAUGCGUCCUGCCCGCCCCUUCCGGGUCUCCACCCAUGACAGGAGCAGCCGCCGCGGGGUGAUGGCCAGCAGCCUGCAGGAACUGCUUAGCAAGACCCUGGACGCCCUCGUUAUCACCGCUGGGCUGGUCACGCUGGUGCUGGAGGAAGAUGGCACCGUGGUGGACACAGAAGAGUUCUUUCAGACCUUAGGAGACAACACACAUUUCAUGAUCUUGGAAGAAGGACAGAAGUGGACACCGGGUAGUAAUUAUGUCCCAGCUUGCCAGCAGCCGAAGAAAUCAGGAAUAGCCAAAGUCACCUUCGACUUAUACAAGCUGAAUCCCAAGGACUUCAUCGGCUGCCUCAACGUGCAGGCCACCAUGUACGAGAUGUACUCAGUGUCCUAUGACAUCCGGUGCACAGGACUCAAGGGCCUACUGAGGAGCCUGAUGCGGUUCCUGUCCUACUCCGCCCAGGUGACCGGACAGUUUCUCCUCUACAUGGGCACAUACAUGCUCCGAGUUCUGGGUGAUACGGAAGAGCAGCCUUCUCCUCGGUCCCACUCCAAGGCCCGAGUCACCUGUGGACAGGGACGCACUGCAGAGGGCUUGGCCGGCCUCCUGACCCGGACACUCCGGGCCAAGUGA